GGAGGGGAGCGGCGCCUCGGCGAGAGCCCACCAUGGUGCAGCAGGCGGAGAGUACGGAGGCGGAGAGCAACCUGCCCCGGGAAGCGAUGGACACCGAAGAGGGCGAGUUCAUGGCUUGCAGCCCCGUCGCUUUAGACGAGAGCGACCCGGACUGGUGCAAAACGGCGUCGGGGCACAUAAAGAGACCGAUGAACGCGUUCAUGGUGUGGUCUAAGAUCGAGCGGAGAAAAAUCAUGGAGCAGUCCCCGGACAUGCACAACGCGGAGAUCUCCAAGCGCCUGGGCAAGCGGUGGAAAAUGCUGAAGGACAGCGAGAAGAUCCCUUUCAUCCGGGAGGCGGAGAGGCUGCGGCUCAAGCACAUGGCCGAUUACCCCGACUACAAGUACCGUCCCAGGAAAAAGCCCAAAAUGGACCCGUCGGCCAAGCCCAACGCCAGCCAAAGUCCCGAGAAAAACGCGCCCGCCAGCAGCGGCGGCAGCAAGAGCGCCAAGAGCUCCAGCAAGAAGUGCAGCAAGCUGAAAUCCUCCUCCGGCUCCUCGCCGCCCAAGCCGGGAGCCAAAACCGCCCACCACGGGGACUACGCGGGAGACGAGUACGUCUUCGGCACCCUGAAAGUGAGCAGUAAGACGGUCAAGUGCGUCUUCAUGGACGAGGAGGAGGAUGAGGAGGAGGACGAGGACGAGCUGCAGCUGCGGAUCAAGCAGGAGGCGGAGGAGGAGGACGAGGAUGAGGAGCCGGGGCCGCAGCAGCUGCGGCGGUACAACGUGGCCAAAGUGCCGGCCAGCCCCACCUUGAGCUCCUCGGCGGAGUCCACCGAGGGGGCCAGCCUGUACGAGGAGGUGCGGGGCGGCGCCGCGGCGGCGGGCGGCGGCAGCAGACUCUACUACAGCUUCAAGAACAUCACCAAGCAGGGCCCGCCGCCGCCGCAGCAGCCGCCCGGCCUCUCCCCGGCCUCCUCCCGGUCCAUCUCCACCUCGUCGGCCGGCAGCGAGGAGGCGGACGACCUGCUCUUCGACCUCAGCCUCAACUUCUCCCAGCACGGCCACGCCGCCGCCGAGCUGGGGGCGGGCGCCGCCGGCGGCAACCUCUCUCUCUCGCUGGUGGACAAGGACCUGGACUCCUUCAGCGAGGGCAGCCUUGGCUCCCACUUCGAGUUCCCCGACUACUGUACCCCGGAGCUGAGCGAGAUGAUCGCGGGCGACUGGCUGGAAGCGAACUUCUCCGACCUGGUGUUCACGUACUGAGCGGGGGCGGCGGCCAGGGCGGACGGCGAGAGCGGCGGAGCUGCAGCGGCGCGACGCCGGCGAUGAUGAUGAUCAUGAUAAUGAUUAAAAAAUAAGUCUUGUUUUCUUUGAAAAAAAAAAUCUCGAAGUUAGUUCCGAGCCCGGGAGUUGUGAUUUUUUUUUUUAUAUUUUUUUGUGUUUUUUUAAUUUUUAUUAUGUUUGGUGAUCACAACAACAGCAGCAAAGGCAAAUGGGACUGGGGGAAAAAUGAUACAGAAGGCGCUGUUUGAAGCUUGUCGGUCUCUGAUUGAAGUCUGGAAGAUGGUCUGCAAAGAAGUCUUUUGGCAGCACAACUGUUACUCAAGGGGGUUUGUGGAUUUUUAUUUUUUUUUCCCGUGAGAGAUCUUAACGAACUGUUAUGAUUUAUUUUUUUUUUUUCCGAAAGGGACCAUUGCAACUUUUUUUGGAGGGAGAAAACUGAUGUCUUCUAUGCAUCCGAUUCUUAACAAAGCUGCAGGGAGCUUGAAAAAAUGCAGACUGUACAAACGCUUACAAAUAACUGAACUGACUUAAGAUCAGAGUUUACUUUUCAGAUCAAAUUGUUUAUGGUUUUACAAAUGUGAUUUCUACUUGCCAACUUUUUUUUUUUUUUGUAACUUGUUCCCUUAUACCUCCUUGAUUGAAUACCAGACAGCCUAGACCUCAGUACAAAAAGGUAUUGAAACAUUUUUGAUACAUAACAGACCUCAGUCUUUUUUAAAAAUUAAUAUAUUUUCAGGCGUAUUUUUGUACAGUGAAAAGGGAACAUUCUUGCUGUGUUUUUUCAGUAAGACUUUUCAGGCACUUCUUCCCUUUUAUUUUCUUUGUUUUUCUCUGUUUUUAGCAUGCAAGUUUGUUGGUACGUUACGUCCUGGUUUUAAAAGGAUUAAAAUUUUAAAAAAUAAUCCUUGCAUCUAAAGGCCUUGUGGUUUAAAGAAAAAGAAACAAACACUUUUUUUGUACAGCUAUAGUUCAGAUUUGUUCAAUAUUUGUAGGUAAAGAUUUAUUGAAAAUGGUGAUAUAGACCUCAGAGCUGUUAUCUUAGUUUAAAAGAUUGUAUAUGUACUGUACUAUAGUAGGAUUUUAUGUAUCUCAUACGCUGUGAUAUGUGGAUGGGGCCCCAGAUGGAAGGUAUGAAACUGGAUUCUCGAUUUUAGCAAAAAAAAAAAAAAAGAAAAAAGGCACAUAGUUUAAAAAGUUUCUCAUGUUGUGCAAUAUAAUCUAAAGUACAGACCAUCUGCAUAUUUUGUAGCAAUUGAUGGCAAAAACAGACUUGUGCACUGUCAACAUCAUAGCCUUUUUUUUUUAAUGCUGAAAGUCUGUAUCUUUACAAUUUUAAUAAAUCAGCUGGAACUGA